AUGGCGCCCAUAGCAGCAGUGGCGCCUGCUGGCAGUCAAUCAGCAACUCUUUCAGCCACCGACAGCCUCUUGAGACGCGGCAAGAGUCUACGGAGAGCAUCUACUAUGCAUCGGCCACGACACCAGCAGCAGCUUCCAACUCAACGGCACGCAGAGGAAGACGAGGAUGCCGCAACCUCUUUCCACUCCAACCUUCAGGCGCAUCGGCGACGAGGCCGUCAGAGCUACCAAGUUGCGCCGCGGCAGCAGAUGCUGCAUCUGCCAGACUCACAACGACCCGCAUCCUCCCGUAGCCACACGCGAGGCUGGGAUCACCAGAGAGCCCGGAGCCGCAGCCCUUCGUACUCCAGAAAGCUGCCGCUACCCGACAACUCGUCGCAGCAGACGCAUGCUGAGAGCUGCAGCAGCAGCAGCCUACUGCCGUCAUCCGGAAGCAUGACGAGCGAGGAAUUCGAAGCUCUACCGCCCGCAGUGCAGAGAAAAUACUUCUCGACGCUGGAGCGGCUGCGCUUUGCCCAGUCUACUUGUGCUGGCCACUCGGAUCAGUCCCAGGGCGGCUUGAGCCACUCGGCAUCGACCCUCGCAAGCGAGGAAGACGUCUGUCUACCAGGAUCGCGCUUCGAACUUGGACUCGAUAGGUCUACUUCUGGAACACACCACCAACAAUCGCGCGCUCGGCCGAAAUCAGCUUUCCUAUAUCCCAGCCAGGUCGACAACACCUACGGACGGCUAUUCGACAGCGGAGAGAGACUGUCGAGUACAUCCCAUUCACACCACAAGAGCAUCAUACUGGAUGCAACCGACGAAGCCUUUGUCAAGAUAAACAAGCGACAGUCACAGCUCCCCAAGAUAGGCAACUAUCUGCAUCAACCUGACUCUCCACAGCUCUACACAGCCAUGAGCAAGGCGCCUGACCACGGAUCUACAAGGUUUCUAACUGCCGAUUCUGGGCCGGACUCAGUCAUGGAGAGCCUGCGAUGGCUUGACGAGAGCGAUGACUUGGACCUCCGUCUUUGUCUAGAAGACCACCAAUCGAGUCCUAAACCGGGAAAGAAGAAGCGACCGGCUUUUCCUCGCCAUCUCUCUAUAUCGAAGCUUUCUUUCGGACGGCCUUCUUCUCAAAUUAGCCGUCCGGCAACCAAAACGAUGGCGUCUCCCGCACUGAGCGAGCAAUUCGUCAUGCCGUCUCUGCCCUCUCCCUCUGGCCACUUCCGUCGGAGGUCAAGGGCCCUGUCUCUGAUGUCGCCAAACAAGAGCCAAAUGCCUGAUGACGCCAGCGCCACUGACGCGGCUCCAUCUCAUUACCAAGACCCCGAAGCUCGCAUGAAGCUCCGUGUAUAUCUUGCGUCCCCGCACAAAUUUGAUGAGGCUAUUGAGUUUGGAUUCCCGUCUCUUUAUGAUGUGCAAGGGAGGGAAUCCGUUCAGCCUCGAUCGUGGUCACGCCAAGAGACGCACGACAGGACAACUCAGUCUGCUGGUGAUGAUGCUGGGUCGCUCAUCAGCGAUCCCACCUCUCCUGUCGAGACGAUUUCGCCAAGGACACCGCAGAGCCCGGAGCACCAGUCUGGAGAGCGCUCGCCACGACUGCACCACGAGGGAAGCUUCUCGAACAAGGUGGAUUAUGCCCAGGCGCCGGCUUCGUCGCGUGAGAUGACGCUGCGGAUGACGCUGACACGGCCCGAUCUCCGAGCCGACGAGGAGCAAAUGUAUGGCUGGCAGAAGCCGUCCUCAGCCAAGGCACACGCACAUGAUGGACUUGCCCAGCCGAGGACGUAUGUGAGAGCGGCCAACUCCAAGGACAGCAUCAGCAUCGAGAGGCAAUUCGCCGCUUUUGACGCAGACGAUGCUGGUGGGGAUAGCAGUGUGGUCAAGCGCAUCUGGAACCGAGUCCGCCGUUCAUGA